AUGACAAAUGAAGAAGAAGAAGAAGAUGAAGGUGAAUUAUCAGUUCGUUACCAUAAGACAUUGGAUGCAUUGUCGUCUUUGAUCACAAAACGUAGCCGUUUUGUUAACAACAACCAGUCUCACCGGUUCCGUUUGCUCUUCCAUUAUCUCAAGGUUCUUGAGCUUGAAGACGCAGUCUCACAGAUGAAAAUCAUUCAUGUGGCUGGAACUAAAGGAAAGGGAUCAACAUGCACAUUCUCGGAAUCUAUACUUCGUAAUUACGGUCUUCGAACAGGUCUCUUCACAUCUCCUCACUUAAUCGAUGUCAGAGAGAGAUUCCGUCUGAACGGCACUGAGAUAAGCCAGGAGAAGUUUGUGGACUACUUCUGGUGUUGCUUCCAUAAACUCAAGGAGAAAACCAGCAAUGAGAUUCCAAUGCCUACUUACUUCUGCUUUCUUGCAUUGUUAGCUUUCAAGAUCUUCUCAGCAGAGCAGGUAGAUGUUGUUAUACUAGAGGUUGGCUUAGGUGGGAGAUUCGACGCCACUAAUGUGAUUCAGAAACCUAUCGUUUGUGGUAUUACCUCUCUUGGAUAUGACCAUAUGGAGAUUCUAGGAGACACACUUGCUGAAAUCGCUGCAGAGAAAGCUGGUAUCUUCAAGAGUGGAGUUCCUGCUUUUACAGUGCCUCAACCUGAUGAAGCAAUGCGUGUACUUAACGAGAAAGCUUCAAAAUUGGAAGUGAAUCUUGAGGUGGUGGAGCCAUUGGAGUCUAGUCAGAGACUUGGUCUUCAAGGAAAACAUCAAUAUCUAAACGCUGGUCUUGCUGUUGCCUUGUGUUCUACAUUUCUUCAGAAGAUUGGUAUUGAAGACAAUAAUGAUCUGAAACAGACAAGUGGUUUACCUGAAAGAUUCGUCUCUGGAUUGUCAAAGGCUUAUUUGAUGGGACGAGCUAUGAUCGUGCCUGAUUCAGAGUUACCUGAGGAGAUUGUUUAUUACCUUGAUGGAGCUCAUAGUCCUGAAAGCAUGGUGGCUUGCGCCACUUGGUUCUCACAACAGAUCAAACAAAACCAAGAAAGAAACCAUAAAAGUUCAGAGCAGGUUAAGUUGCAGCAGAUACUCUUGUUCAAUUGUAUGUCUGUCCGUGAUCCGAGUUUGCUUCUUCCGAGAUUAAGGAGUAAAUGCAUUGAUCAAGGAGUUGAUUUCAAGAAAGCAGUUUUUGUGCCAAACGUAUCAGUGUACAACCAAGUGGGACCUUGCUCAAACGUUGAAACACAAGCUGGUUCGUUGACGUGGCAGUUGAGUCUUCAGAGGCUUUGGGAGAGUUUGGCUCGAGGUGAAGCAAAAGCUAGCUCGGGAAGUGAUUUCCAAGUCAAAGAGGAAGAGAAGAAGAGCUUCGUUUUCUCGUCUCUUCCUUUGGCCGUUGACUGGCUCAGGGAUAGUGCUCGCCGGAGUAAACAAGUUCGUUUUCAGGUGUUGGUGACUGGUUCAUUACAUUUGGUUGGUGAUCUCUUGAGAUUAGUCAAAAAAUGA